AUGACCUGCUGCGAAGGAUGGACGUCCUGCAAUGGCUUCACCCUGCUGGUCCUCCUCCUGUUUGGAGUAGUCCUCAAUGCCAUACCCCUGGUCGUGAACUUGGUGGAGGAUGACAAAUUCUCUGAAAACCCCAUCUCUUGCUUUGAGUGGUGGUUCCCGGGAAUUAUAGGAGCCGGUCUGCUGGUCAUUCCAGCGACAGCAAUGUCCUUGUCGGCGAGGAAGAGGGCAUGCUGCAACAACAGAACUGGGAUGUUUCUUUCAUCCCUCACAAGCAUCCUGACUGUCAUUGGCGGCGUGUACUGCAUGAUGGUGUCCAUCCAGGCUCUGUUUGAAGGGCCUCUCAUCUGUAACCCAGAGGGCAUGAGGACUUUGAGUUGUCAAUUUUCAUUUAAAAACCUGAGUGCCAUCCACACAGAAUCCUUCAAUCUACAGUGGUUUCUGAAUGACACCUGUGUUGCGUCCGCUCCUAACAAUGGCACGAACGGCAACUGGAUAACAUCGGGACUGCACUUCAACAGCAAAGAGAACGCGCACAGGACGAUCCACGUGUCGGUGUUCCUGGGCCUGCUGCUGGUUGGGAUCCUCGAGGUCCUCUGUGCACUCUGCCAGAUCGUCGCCGGCUUCUUCGGCUGUCUGUGUGGGGUCUCCAGGCGGAGAGAACGAGUUGUGUAG